ACUUCAAGCCCGUUCAUUUGCUAGUGAGACUCGGUGCGAGUAGGUUGGCUCUGCAAUUAAACCGACUCCUCUCGUUUCUUUGGCGCUGCAAGUGCUCGAUAUUAUUCGCAAAGAUGUUCGAGGCCCGCUUGGUGCAGGGGAGCAUCCUGAAGAAGGUGCUGGAGGCCCUAAAAGAUCUGAUCACCGAGGCUUGUUGGGACAUCAGCUCGACCGGCAUCAGCCUGCAGUCUAUGGACAGCUCGCAUGUGUCCCUGGUGCAGCUCACCCUUCGCAGCGACGGCUUCGACACCUACCGCUGCGACAGAAACCUAUCCAUGGGGGUCAAUCUCAGCAGCAUGUCCAAAAUCCUUAAAUGUGCUGGCAAUGAUGAUAUCAUCACGCUGAGAGCAGAGGACAAUGCAGACACACUGGCGCUGGUGUUCGAGUCACAGAAUCAGGAGAAAAUAUCAGACUACGAGAUGAAGCUGAUGGAUUUGGACGUUGAGCAGCUGGGAAUUCCAGAGCAGGAGUACAGCUGCGUGGUGAAGAUGCCGUCUGGCGAGUUUGCCCGUACCUGCCGGGACCUGAGCCAGAUCGGCGAUGCGGUUGUCAUCUCCUGCGCCAAGGACGGGGUGAAGUUCUCCGCCAGCGGCGAGCUGGGCACCGGCAACGUUAAGCUGUCGCAGACCAGCAACGUGGACAAAGAGGAGGAGGCGGUGACCAUCGAGAUGAACGAGCCCGUGCAGCUGACCUUUGCCCUGCGGUACCUGAACUUCUUCACCAAGGCGACCCCCCUCUCGCCGACCGUCACGCUCAGCAUGUCUGCGGACAUUCCCCUGGUGGUGGAGUACAAGAUUGCCGACAUGGGGCACGUCAAGUAUUACCUGGCACCCAAGAUCGAAGAUGAAGAGGCUUCGUAAGGUGGGAACUUUGAAGAUGAGGAUCGACCAUCAGAAGAGCGUGGAUGUCAAGCAAUCAUUGGAAGUGAUUUCUGUGGGCCACGAUGACGGGCGUUGCUACGGUGACCAGCGUCUCCUUCAUAGACAUCUGUUCCCGUCCGGCUGCCUUUGUAGAUAUUUUAUGUAAAUAUGCUAUCCAACAUUUCACUUUGUUAUAAAGGGUUCAAUGAAAAGGAUCAAAAUAAAAUGUUUGUGGAACUGAA